UAUAAUGAUAUGAAGGUGGAAGUUGCACGAGAGAAACUUUUAUCAAACUUUGAGGUAUACAACCAUCUUGUAGAUAUACAAAAAGAAAACAACUGGAACUUCACGUUGGGUGAGGAUACCAAUAAGAAACAACGCAGAAAGAGAGGAAACCAUUUAAUAGAUCUAGAAAUCAUUACAAGAGAGCUUUCAGGAUUUUUGGUUCGAACAGGGCAGUCAAAUGAUUAUUCCAAACAGAAUGUGGUGGAGUUUAUGACUGGUUUGAAUCAGUACAGUCUGAUGAAAAUAGAAAAACUUGAGAUCUUGAACAGACUGCCACGAACGAUCGUCUCCCUAUUCUCUGUGAUUGAGGAAUGCGACCAGAGAUUUAGUGACGAGCAAUGUAAUAGCAUGCUGGAACUUGUGCAAAGGUGUUUCCCUGUUGCACAGGAAGCGGUAGAAGAUGAACAUAUGGAAGUUGAACAAGAAGAAGAGGAGGAGGAAGAGGAAGUGAUCGCGGAGCAGUUUGAAAUGGAAGAGCUACAACAUGAGACGUUUGCUCAGAUCGAUGAAGCGGAAGAGCAAGAAGAGUGAUGCACUAUGUACCAAAUUAAGAUCGAUAAUAUCCAAAAGCUCUAUAUGUACCUAAAAUAAAUCUAGAAGAUCAGCAUUCGUGGUCUCUUGAUGUCGAUUAGAUUGCUGGGAUUGCUGAUGAGAUUCUGGCUCUUGGAUCAGGUCCUUGAACACGGACGAGCCAGACGGCUGCGGUGGUGGUGGCUGCGUAGACAAAUUGGUGAACAAAUCGUUCAAUUCAUCCAAAAUGUUUCCAGUGACCGGAGUGCUCGUAUCAGAUUGUCCGUUCGCAUUUUGAACAGCGUCAUAAUCAUCAUCAAAGUCCAGCAGAUUUUCAGCUUUGACAGUAUUAUUAACAAUCUCAGACUUGGCCAUUUGCUGCAGUUCCUCGAAUUUCUUGGUCUGGAGUUGAGUGUUAAUCAGUUCACCGUCGACUGAUUUGAUAAAGCUUGACGCAGGUUUAUGAUAAACUGAGCCUAAAUUGGAGAUCUCGUUGACAAGCUCAUUGAGAAGGAGAGGUGGGAAAUGGUCUAUUGUAGACUCAAGCACAGGAAGCUUGCUUAGAAUAAUUUUCUUCUGCAGCUCCGAAUUGUCUGUAGAUAAAAUUCUCCAGUAAAUGUAAGCCUUAUCCCUAACGUCUGGGUUUUCUAUCUCCUUGGUGGCCUGAUUGAGCGCCUGCUGCAGCAGGCUCUGUGUGACUGGCGUAGGCUUCGUGAGAUUGAUUUUCACAAUUGUGGUCAAAAAUGCUGAUUGCACGGCUGGGUCCAUGUCUUGGAAUUGCGCCAUCAGAGACGUAAGACGGUCUUCUAGAUGUGGGAUUUCAGAAGCGUACUGCCCGACAAUCCACACGUAAGAUGCCAGUGCGUCACUCGAUUUCAAAGAGUCCAACUCGAGAUCUCCAAUAAUAGUAAUGACGGUUGUGAGGUACUCGUUGCUGUACCUUCUCAAUAUAUUUUGUAGGACCACGACUAGUUGAUCAAUGACGUAGUCAGAACGUGAAAUGAAGAGCUCAUAUAGCACGUCAAUUGCCUUUUUUGAUAUUUUCGGGAUUUUGAUAGCCAGCUGACCAAGAGCCAUAACAGACUUGUCUACCACCUCAGUUUCAAUUUCCAUAGCGUAUUCACGGAGUUCUGCCAAAAGCAGCAGCCCAUUCGAGUCGUCUGCCAAUCUCACCAUAAUGUCAAUUUUCUCCAGUUUGAGGUAUAAUGGAUCGUUGUACUUGAUAAAGAAUACACGGAGCUCUCUCGCCAAAACCACGGGAUAUUUCUCCAAAAUGAUACGAAUAUUUCUGAGAGCAACAUAUUGAAGUUCCGGAGGAGUGGAUAGCAACGAAACCAGGGGCGAAGAAAGCCGUUUCAGCAGCGAGUUCUUUUGCUCCUCAUCUACCUUGUCCAAUUGCUUGAUGAUAACCUUCACAGCACUGAGCACAACAGCCGGAUUUUCGUGCUGAAGCUGCGGUGAGACACGGUCGAUAAUGUGCUGCACCUCGCCAACUUCUUCGGCAGCAUAGUCCGCAAGUGCCGUAAGAAUUGCGAUACGACCCCAUUCUGUGCACUCAUUCAGCGUAAUGAGCAAUUUCUUAAGGAUCUUUGAGUCAAUCUUGAGAAUGUUGGAGUUUGUUGCCUUGGAAAUCUCUAUCAGGGCUGAAAUCGAAUUAGCAACCACCAUCUGGUUAGAGUCGUCCAGCAGACUCAUCAGCUCGUCCAAAAACCCUUGCUCAAUGCACAUGCGAGAAUUGAGGUCAAAAAGCUUCGCCACACAGAUGGCCGCUGUUUUACGAACGUACGGAUUGUCAUCCUUGAGAGUCCGUUUUAGAGGGAUUUCCAUGUAAUCAACCAUUUUGUCCACCCGAAUGCAACCCAUGGUCCGAAUCGCAAGCGCUCUAACCAGAGGAUUUGGAUCCUCGGUAUCUUGGACAAAAGUGUUGACGGCCAAGAUACAAAGUUCUGGGUUCGUUUUUGCGUAGUUCAUCAAAUACAGAUACACCAGUUUCUUCUGCUCUAAAUCAUGCGUGGCGAUAUUCUUGAGAAUAUCCGGGAACAACGAUGACACGUCUUUGCCCACAGUCAUUGCAGCGAUCACUCUUUGAAUUGUAUCCUUACGCUCAUCUGCAUACUGCGAAACAAGUCCUUCUCUGAAUUCAAAUGUUUCACCUUUGCGAGGAACAUUGAAUAGUUUCCGGAGUCUCGAUUCCAGCCGUGACACAGACAUGAUGACAAAAGUGGCCAGC